UGAAGUUCCUGAGUGUGCAGGCCUCGGAUGCGCAUGAGUAGAGUUUGAGAGGCCGGAGCCUGGCUAUCUGGAGGCCACCCCCGCAGAGGCCAUUCCCCCUCUCCGCAACUUGUGCUGCACUUGGUUCCGCCGAGACCCACGACGGUUCCGCCCCCUUCUUCCUUGUCAUUGAUGUUGUUGUUCUUGUCAGUGCCGCAGCCCCGACCACCGGGAGCCCGAACCCGAGCCGGGGCCGCCCGUGUGGCGCGGUGGCGGCGGCAGCGGCUGCGGCUGCAGCAGCUGCGACGGCUGCGGGGGCUGCUCCGGGGACUGCGGGGGCGGCCGAGGACCGGCAGCCGGCGGCGGGGCCGAAUGGCUCUGUGCGGGCAAGCGGCAGGCGCCGCGUCGCUGCCCAGCGAGCUAAUCGUGCACAUCUUCUCCUUCCUGUCCGCGUCCGACCGGCUACGGGCCUCGGCCUCCUGUUCGCACUGGCGCGAGUGCCUCUUCUACCCGGCUCUCUGGCCCCAGCUCCGCAUCUGCCUCCGCGUCUCGCCCUCGGAGCAGCCACGGCUCGAAUUCCUCAUGCGCAAGUGCGGCUGGUUCGUGCGAGAGCUGCGCGUUGAAUUCGCCGCGGAGAAUUACCUGAGCGGCGGAGGCGGCCCGGGCGAUGGAGGCCGCGUCGACACCAGGACUGGCGGGGAAGAAGUCGAAGCCCUGCAGCUCUCAACCCGUUGGCUGGAAGUGCUCCGCACCUACUUAGAGCUAGUGCUGUGUGUGCUGGUCAGCAUCCGGAACAACAGGAACCUCCAGAAGUUUAGCCUUUUUGGAGACAUAAGCGUUCUACAGCAGCAAGGAAGUUUGUCAAAUACAUACCUCAGCAAGGUGGACCCUGAUGGCAAAAAAAUUAAACAAAUUCAGCAGCUGUUUGAAGAAAUACUUAGUAAUAGUAGGCAACUGAAGUGGCUGUCUUGUGGGUUUAUGCUGGAAAUAGUAACCCCAACAUCACUGUCAUCUCUCUCAAACUCUAUUGCCAACACCAUGGAGCACCUGAGUUUACUGGACAACAAUAUUCCUGGUAACAGCACCCUUAUCACCGCAGUAGAACUGGAGCAAUUCGUGAAUCUACGCUCACUUGCCCUGGAUUUCUGUGACUUUACAGCUGAGAUGGCAAGAGUCUUAACCGAUAACAACCAUGUGCCUUUGCAGCGACUUUCUCUCCUGGUCCACAAUGUUUCCGUGAUGCACAAGUCUCUGGACAACAUGCCAAAUGAUGAGCACUGGAAAGCCUUGUCAAGAAAGAGCACCAACCUCCGGGUCUAUAUAAUGGCUUUUGAUAUCAAGAGUGAAGAUAUGUUAAAGAUUCUGAAACCCAGUAUACCACUAGAGAGGAUUCAUUUUGACAGCUACAUCACUUGUGUUUCAGGAGCUAUUGUUGAUCUUAUAUCUAGGCAGUAUGACAAGUUCCUCACUCAUUUUAUAUUAAUGAAUGAUGUGAUUGACACGUCUGGUUUUCCAGAUCUUAGUGACAACCGAAAUGAAGAUCCGUUGGUUUUAUUAGCAUGGAGGUGCACAAAGCUCUCUCUUCUGGCAAUUCAUGGUUACACAGUGUGGGCACACAACCUCAUUGCCAUUGCUCGUCUUCGUGGCUCUGAUCUAAAAGUACUUGAAGUCACUGAAGAAAGCAUUGAUUUUGACCAAGGUGAACUGGCCGACCAGGAUGUGGAUCCAGUACAUAACCUUAUUGAGCAGGUAUCCCUGGGCCUAGGUCAACCUUGGCACGCGAUCAUGGACAUCGAAUCACUCAGUGUCUUCACUGAACCAAAUCGUCAUUUUUACAGAGAGAUGCAAAGCUUCAGCGAAGACAUUUAGCUUUUUUUAAAUGUACAAUUCCUGUGGUUACAUAUGCAAGUAGGGUCCUAUUAUGUUUUUUUUUCCAGUAGUGUGAAUUAAUCCCUUUGUGCUGUGUUUAAUCAGUAUUAGCUUUAUAGAAAUAUAUAUGUAUAUUCUACUUCUUGAUCAAAGAACGUAGUCAGGUAUUGGUUUAGAAGUUCAAAGUGACGAUGUAUAGGGCUUUCACGGUUAAUGGACUUGUUACCAAACCUUAAGAAUAUACAACCGAAGGUUGUCUGAGGUUGCUGGCUAACUUUAUUUUUUCACUGAGUUACUCUGCCUUUUGAUGUUUUUAUUCUUUGUGUGUCAGAGCUCAGGAGCCAAAAUAUUUUUAUACAUAUAUAGAUAUAUAUCCAUAGCCUGGUGGAUUUGUAUGCAAUGCACUGCAUUCAUUCAUUGUGUGAUAGCAUUUCAUUAAUAUUUCUUUGAAAUGGAAGGAGGGAGGAUAAUACAAUCCUAAAUGAGUUAUCUUUAACAGAAAAGCCAAGACUUUAACUUUCAUUACAUAUAUAAUAGUUGAUAUCACCAAUUACCAUUCUCAAUUUUGUAUAGUACUAGGUUAGAACAUUGCUUAAUCCUUUUUAAAAUGAAUUUACAUCAACACAAAUACUCAAAUUAUUGGUUUUUAAACUAUGUCUGACAUAAUUUAAUUCAUCAAUUAUAUCAUACAUUCAAGUUAGCUUUUUAGCCAAGAUUUCAAAUAGUGGAGGAAGAAAGAAACAAUAUUCCAGGGUAAAACCUCCAAAAUGAAUAUCAAAACACAGAGUUUUGUAAACACACAUGCUUGCAAACAAACAUUAGUCGUGAAAUCCCUAGCAACAAGUCACUGGAUUUUUCUCUGUCAGCGCGCGUGUCAGCUGCCAAAGAAUAGAUUUAACUGAAGAAGUGCCCACAUGCUGGCAGGGGCUGGCCCACUGUGGCCAGCCAGAUACUGCUAGAUUGUAAUAUUUAAGGUCGAAUUUCGACCUGUGGUACACAGCUGUGCUGUGGCUCAGUCAGCAACCUCAGAACUCUGAAAAACAAAAACAAAAAAAAAAACAAAAAAAAAAGAAAAAAAAACCAUGCACCUGUUUCACUGUGAAUAGUGAAUGUAAAGGAAAGAAAGGAAAAACUGAAAGCUUGUUCUAUCACAGGUAUGAGCUGCUAUGAUACAUGAAGAACAUUCCAUGAAGUAUGUUUUAAAACCUUGUUAUAUCUGAGAGGCUUUAAAAGCCGACUUAACUGUUUCAGGGCAACCGCGGUACAGACGUGGUCUCUGUGAGACUUCCACCUGACCCCAGUUUUAAGUGGUACGAAUGUUGUGCAUUUAAUGUUAAAGGACAGUCUGCAAUAAUAAAGUAAGUAGCCAACGUGGGUGCCCAGCAGUGCUGAGACCUGGCUGCUCUAGUGUAAGCUUUGGAAACACAAUUUAUGCAACAAAUGUCCAGAUAUGAUUCUAUUUAUGGAAAAAGUUUAUAUGUAUUUUACAAAUGGUUUUACCAUCUUAUAUUAAAAUGACCUUUUGACAGGUGUGCACUGUUUUGUCUCCAGUGAGCACAUACCAUGCGGAUUUUAUAUGUACAUCAGUAGUGUGAAUCCACUGGCACAGUGUGUGUAAAUGCCAGAUGUGGUGAGAUUUUAUCUUAUAAAUGUGAUCAGAUAAAAUAACUCCUGACAGAAACUGUAAGGAAACCAGCUGAAUGUUUGACCUGAUGACUGAUGUUGUUGUAUGGUUUAUGUUAAAUGUAUAUUCUUUUAAUCAAUGAAUAAAGCAUUAAA